AUCAAAAGAUAAAAAAAAAAAACAAAAAAACCAAUAAUGAUCAUUCACUCUUCUUCUUCUCUCCACGGCUCGAAGUUCUUGAACAGAUUUAGAUAUCAUAACCGAUCUGUGACUAGAUCCGAAGCACGUGGUUUCAACGUGACCACCACGAGGAAAGAGGUUGUAGUCGCGGCUCCUCCUCUUCUCUCUGUGCCGGAAAACCAGAUCAUCCCUCUUUCCAACCUCGACCUCCUUCUCCUUCCUGUCGACAUCAACGUCUGCCUCUUCUACAAGAAACCACUUAAUGACCUUACCAAUAAUGAUGCUCUCAAAACGGCUUUGGCCGAGGCUCUCGCCUCCUAGUACGUUCUUGCUGGCGAGGUCGGGAUCAAUCCCACCACCGGAGAGCCCGAGAUUCUUUGCAGUAACGGUGGUGUGGAGUUUUUGGAAGCCGCUGCUGACGUGUAGCUCUGAGAGCUUAACUUGUAUGAUCCUUAUCAAAGUAUUGCCAAGUUUGUUCCCAUGAAAAAGCAUGGAGUCUUUACUAUUCAGGUAACUGAACUGAAAUGUGGGAGCUUAGUUGUGGGAUGCACAUUUGAUCACCGGACAACAGAUGCUUAUUCCAUGAAUAUGUUCCUCCUAUCGUGGGCCGGGAUCUCUCGAACCGAUGUACCGAUCUCUUAUGUUCCUUCGUUCAAAAGAUCUCUGUUAGACCCACGACGACCUUUGAUCAUCGACUCAUCAAUAGACCAAUUGUACAUGCCUAUAACGUCCUUGACCGUUCCACAAGAAAUCACUAAUCCAGAUAAUAUCCUCACAAGCCGUAUCUAUUACAUCAAAGCAGAUGUCUUAGAAAAGCUUCAAACUCUGGCUAGCAAUGGUAAGAGAACGAAACUGGAGUCUUUCAGCGCGUUUCUAUGGAAACUCUUAGCUAAACACGCUGCAACAGAUUCGGUACUCCUGACUAAAAACUCGAAACUUGGCAUCGUUGUUGACGGAAGGAAGAAACUUAUGGAGCAAGAAGAAAACUGCAAUUACUUUGGGAAUAUCCUCUCGGUUCCAUUUGGAGAGCAGAAAAUCGAUGACUUGAUCCACAAGCCAUUGUCUUGGGUGACUGACGAGGUUCACAAGUUACUGGAGAGUACAAUGACCAAAGAUCAUUUCUUGAACUUGAUCGAUUGGAUUGAGACUCGCCGUCCGAUACCAGUUAUAUCAAGGAUAUACGGUACUGGAUUCAACGAUGGGCCUGCUUUCUGUAGGCCACGAUUUCUACGACAUGACAAAACUGAAUAA